AUGGCAGAUACCUACGUCCAGCUCACCAUCGACGAUUCAUCGCCUAGCGUUGCCUAUUCCCCCUUCCGCGACACCCUCGGUGCACCCAACCCCACUGCGGGCUGGAACCCGUACUAUGACCCCAAUGGGUACGCUGCUUCACCAGGACAGCUGGCCAACGGGACGAGCCUACACAUCACCUCGCUCAACGGGGCCGCUUUGGCUGUACAGUGGACAGGAACGGGCGUCCAACUGUUCGGGAACACUACAAACGCGGCGUACACCGUCACACUCGACGGUGUCCCGAUAACCCCCUUCCCCAACGCCUCCACGACCACGACCACGUCCCCCACGCCUUCAGCCUCGUCCGCAUCAGGCCUGCUCGCUGAUAUCCAAGGACUUCCCGAUGUCCCCCACACGAUCACCCUUACCGCCCUCAUCUCCCCCAACUCCGCCUCGGGCUCCACCGCUGACCCUGCCCAGGUCCCGUUCGGCUCCUCCAUGCUCGUCUUCGACAAGGCCGUCAUCCUCUCGUCUCCCGUGCCCACCUCAAACAUCACGUUCCAACCACAAACGCUUGCGGACUCAAGCAUCGCCUACUCUGGUCAAUGGUCAUUCGAGACGUCUGCGAAUCUUGGGUUUCAUAAAUCGGUUAACGUAGGGGACAGGGCGUUUACGAGGUUCAACGGUACAACACUCGCCAUCCUCGGACGGACAUCCCCACUUGGUGCCAACUAUACCGUGACACUCGACAACGGCACGCUACCGUUCUCUUUUCCGGCUUCUUCACUGACCUCAGGCUCCUCAUCGGUCUCGACGACGCUUUCAGCACGCUCAUCUUUUCAAGUCGACGACGCCCUGCUGUUCUUCGUCACGGGGCUCGAGGGCGGCGUGCACUCUGUCGAGGUGCGGAACAACGGCUUUGGGGAUAGCGGUAAUGGCGAUGGAGGUAUUGGUGAUGGGCAGGCGGAGCUUAUGCUUCGGGUGGACGGGUUUAGGGUGAACGUACCUGUCGUCUCACCUAUACCUACACCGACCACCUCACCCGUUGUUGAUCCUUCCACGUUUGCACAUAACCCCUCCUUCCCAACAGGCACCAUCGUAGCGUUCGUCCUCGCAGGCAUCCUCGCCUUCCUACUCUUCUCUGGCCUACUGUUCUUCUUCUGCGUCUGGCGACCGCGACAACGGAGAAAACGCCUCGAGAAGAAAGCACGCGCAUCUGGCUUCGGUCCUGACAUCAGUGGCUGGACCGUCGGUGCAGGCGCCCUUGGUGGGAGCGGAGGAGUUGGCGGUGGUGGAAGCGGCGGCUCAGGACCGAAGAGACAACGUCGUUUUCCAUUCACCUUCCGCCGUACGCGUGUAGAGCCUGACCCGACGUGUGGACCUGGCGUGAUGGGCGUGCCGGCGAAGGACAUGGAAGAGCUACGCAUGGAGUUCAUCCGCCCGACACCACCACUCAUUGAGCGCGACGUCGACCUCGCGGAUGACGGGUACGCGUACACGCAGGGGUACAGCUACGGCUCACAUGGUCGCUCGGCGAGCGGGUUUGGGUCGCAUGCGUAUGGAUCGUCGUAUGGAUACGCUGUAGGUGCGGGGCUGGCGACGGCGUUGGGGAUCUCAAGCGAAAGUGCUGUGGAGGAUGAGAAAGGGCAGGAGCUGGAUGUUGAUUUUGAGGAGUAUGGGUAUGGAAACGGGAGCCGGAAUGGUAAUGGUGGGAACGGGAACGGACACGGACCGCGGAGUCGUACAGGCAGCAGCGCGGCGUCGGACUCGACAAUGGACUCGUCUACGCGUCGCGCCAUCGCGCGUGCGAGGGAACGGAGCAAAGGCAAGGCGCGGCAGGUGAUGGGGAUGUCCUGGUCGCAGAGCUUCACGCUCGACCUUCCAGGCGUCAUCAGCGGUAGCAGUGGGAACGGCGGGAAACGGAAAAGCAGAAAACGUCGGUCAACAACGAGCGGGUACCUUCCACAGCCGUCCUCGCCACUAUCACCUGGAUCUCCUUCUGAACAGAUCUCGAGCUUCGCUGCUGCAGACCCACCGUCACCAGAAGGCGCCCGUGCACGAUGGGACACGCAUUCGCAUUCUCCGCGACAACGUCACCAGCUAGAUCACCCGCCAUCGUACGCUGCCUCAGUAUCCAACCGCGAUUCGAAUGGGUCAUCAGCGUUUGCGGGCCCCAGAGCGAGCGUUCCUCGGUCGGUAUCACAGACUCCAGAGAACCGGACCCCUCAAACCGCCCAUGCCCCAAUGCAAACACCGACGCAGACGCAAACGCAGGAUCCGUCGACGUCGCCAGUCCAGCUUACUUACCCACGCGCACAAACGCACCAGAGACAGAGCAGUCAAGGGUUCUUGUUGGCCGACGAGGAGGAUAAUGAACCCGAGCAAGGCGGAGGCGCUCCAGAAGGACAGGCAGAGACCACAUCAAGGGCGCUUGAGCGAAGAGAUAGUCGGCCCUUACCCCGACCACCAUCUUCCCUGUACUCCCAGUCGCCUGCGUACACCCAAUCGCCGCCCUCCACAUCGGAAACCAAAGGCGCUGCCCACUCUCAGCACGCGAGCCCUGCUGAAGUCGUCCCACCACGUCCACUGCCAAGUCCAGAAGGAAGAGACAGAUCGAGCAGUACAGCAACAGAGACAGGUCCAUCGGGGUCUUCGUUGCGUCAAGUCAUCCGUUCCCUCCGUCCAAGGACCGUCCACGCUCAACCUCGCCAGGCUAGCUACGCCUCGUACGUGCACCUGUACGAUCCGCCGCGUUCUGCUGGGCACGAAAGGACCUACUCAUCCUCGCUGGGAUCGGAGGCUGAUUUCGCAUCUUUGUACUUCUCUUCUGCUGACGUACGCCCUGCGUCGACAGUUGCGGAGGAGGAAGAGUCCACGGAAGGUCGGCCUCGCGGUGGACCACCUGUGGACUCACCGACGUUGGGCGGGCAUGAAGUGCCGGCCCGCGAACCCCCAUCUCCUUUGAUCCAAUCACCACUACCACCGCCACCACGAAGAGCUGAUGAGAGAGAGAGGACACCAAGGAAACCUCUACCCAGGACGCCGACGGGUACAGAUUACGCAUCGGCGUCGUCAUCUGAAGGAGAGAAGGAGAAAGAAAGAGAGGAGGGUGUGGAAGUGGAAGUAAAGGAUGGCGCUUUCCUUGAUGUACGCCAGACCAGUCCUUUCCGGGUUGACUUUGGGUCAGACUCUGUGCGGGAGAGGCCUAGGUCGGCGUCAGUGGUUACGCGGCCGAUAUCGAUGGUCAUACCACCGCCCACCACGACGACGGGGCAGGGUCACGGUCAGCAGACGACGACCGACGAUUCUAGCCCCGGACAGGGAUACUCUACCGCCCCGUCCAGGCUGAGCGAGAAUCGGCCUUCGAGGCGGUCGUCCUUGGGCAGCCUAUCAGCGGCUGCGCAUCAGGGCAGGAUGCCAGAGUUCGUGCAAGGGACGUCGCGUGCCCCGUUCAGGCUGACAACCAUGACAAUUCCGACGUCGGUCACGCCGCCUAAGAACGACUCGAAUUCGAGUUCAGGCGGUAUGACGGGCACAUCGUUCCUUGACCUGACAAGUUCGAGGGAAGGUUCGGUGAGCUCACGGUCCAAGUCGGUCAAGACAACGGGUUCUGGCCAGUCGGGUUUCUUCGAGCGGCCCUUUGGCGGUAAUGGAAAUGGGAGUGGGAGUGGAAGCGGGAACGGGAACGGGAAGGGCGCUUCAGCUCUGGGCGGUGAUCUGAAGUCUCGGUGGAGCAAUACCACUGUCCCGAGUGUUUCAACUCGUGCGAGCAAUCUUGGACCCGUUGCUGAGUCCUCGGUACCUGGAUUGAUUUUGCCUGAGAGGAAGAGCACCGGGCUCGAGUCCACGCAGUCACAGAUGGCGUCUCCGAGCAAAUCGGCUGAGAUGGACGAGAGCAUGUCGAUCGCUGCGUCAAGUACGUUCCCAAUACCUGGUGUCCAGGUCAACAUACCACCGUCGCCACACCAUAUCAUGGACUUCGGGACGGUGCAGGAUGAGCCGCAACCACCGCUCUCCGCUCUCAGUGCUGCUCCAUCUGGUGCUGGUUUCCCGACAAGCCCUCUUGAUCCGGCGGACAGUCAACGUCUUUCCACUCAAUCCCAAUUCACGCAUGCCACGAACAGCACUGGCCUAUCUCAGGCUGGUGCCCACCUACAUGUUCACCCCGCCAUCGACCUCGAUACGCUCAGCACUGGUAGCGGAAGCGGCCCGUCUGCACGAGAUCCUCAAUCACCCACCGACAGCAUCCCCGUUUCUAUCCCUAUUUCCGACCUCAACUUCAUGACUUCAGACUCGGAUCAUGGCCUCUCACAGCGAGAUUCGCGGCGGACAACGGAAAGCUCGCUGGCGUUCCACCAUGCGCUGCUACACCCCGGACGACGGAGUCCAAGCCCAAAUACUGAGGGCAGACAGGCUCAAGGUGUCGGUCGCAGCCAGCCUGCCAGCCCUUCAGCCGUCCAGGCGUUAAGGUCGUCAUCGGCGGAUCCAUUACGAACAUUUACUCCUGGCCCGCGUAGAGACUCGCCUUUGGCGAGCAGGGCACUGGGUCUACCUACGCCUUCUUCGACCAUGACCUUACGAACGCACGGAGGACGCUCUCCGCAUCCUUUCGCUAAUGUCUCUUCCGUUCAUGACGGUGAUGAUGACGAUGACGACCGAAACGACUUUGGAAACACGCGCCAGCAUUGA